CCUAAAACACUUCCUGCUUCGGUUGCCCUCUCACAUCCUGGCAUGUUUUUUCCUUCCCGACAGUGACAACAUUUUUUCCUUUGUUUGUACACGUUUAUUUGUCACCGACUGAGCAGUGAACAUACCGCGACUCGAUGUCCAAAGAUAGCCGCCAUGAUGGUCGACGGCGGGGUGCUGGGCAGAACCGCCUCGGCCCGAGGGUUAGCCAAGGUGGGGACGGGAGGGAGAGGUCCGGGUGCAACAACUCCAGCUCUUCGCAUGGAGGAGGCAAAAGCAAGAGUGUCACAACUUUGAAGGCAUCUUUUCAGCGCUCCAACAGCCAUGACAAAGUGCGGAAGAUAGUUGCCGAAGAGGGCCGUGCUGCUCGAAACCUCAUUGCUUGGAGUGUACCUCUAGAGAACAAAGAGGAGGAAGCAAAGUCAAAAAACAACUCUAGUGGCAGUUCCAGAGUUCAGAGAAGCAACUCUGGUCAGCAAAAGAAUAAGAAACAGAAUGUGGGUGUGGAAAGUAAAAGCACAGCUGGUGCCUUGCUGGACAAGGGGCCAGAGAAGAGCCCCACUAAGGCCAAACAGCCCCGUAAGGUGGAUCUGCGAGCACACUACUGGGCCUUCCUUUUCGACAACUUGCGUCGAGCUGUUGACCAGAUUUACGUCACCUGUGAAUCUGAUCAGAGCGUUGUAGAAUGCAAGGAGGUUCUGAUGAUGCUGAACAACUACGUACGGGAUUUCAAAGCCCUCAUAGACUGGAUCCAGCUUCAGGAGAAGUUGGAGAAAACGGAUGCCCAGAACAGGCCCACCUCUUUAGCCUGGGAGCUACGUAAGAUGUCUCCGGGUCGUCACGUGAUACCAAGCUCCUCAGCAGACAGAAUGGUUCCCUCACCAAGUGCUCGCCAUAGUCUCAAUUUUAGUGGUCCACCACCUACACUGGCUGCAGCCCGGCUCUCCCACACAGGUCCCAGCUGGGCAGACCGAGUGAAGUCCACUCAGUCCAUUCCUACAUCCAGUCAAACGACAACAUGUCCAGCAGAAAAACGCGGCACAAAAGAUGCCGAGGGCUGGGAGACCGUCCAGCGAGGACGCACUGCAAAGCCUCGUUCUGCGACCAUGAUUGCCAAGGUCAGUCCAGUGCUAUCUCAUGUCCCCCCCAAGCAGAACAGCACCAAGGAUAAACAACCACAUCUGCUCCCACGGGGAGAACAACAGCUCCAGCCUCAGUGUCCCCAGGACAAGAACUCGACCCAGACGGCCACUGAGCAGCAAGUCCCUGUGGAUCCUGAACCCCCGGAGAUCGUUGGAAGUCCAGAGAAAAAGCAUAUGAUGGAGCCCCCAGCAGAGAGUGUACAAGACACAGGGCAGUGUGAAGACGCGUCUCCCCCCAAAGCUGCUCAUAGCCCGUCCCAAGCACCAGAGCCCACCCCACACUCAGCCCCGGUCCCUUCUCAGUCCCUAUCAGUCCCAGUCCCUCCUCUGGCCUGCUGCUCAUCCCCAGAUCCUCCCCAGAUGGAUGCGCCUGUUGCACCGUUGGUCUUGGGGGACAACGGAGCAGAGGGGGGCGCGUCACAGGGCACGGCCACAUCUGCUCCAGGACAGGCUGAGACUCCCAUUGCAGCGGUGAAACUGGAGAGAGUGCUGGACCCCACAGAGCUUUCUACUCCACAAUCCAUGGCAGAGGUCCUGGCCAAGAAAGAAGAGCUCGCCGACCGACUGGAGAAGGCUAACGAGGAGGCGAUUGCCAGUGCCAUCGCUGAGGAAGAACAACUGACGAGAGAGAUACUGGCCGAGAACAGUAACCUGGAGACGGACAAUGAGAGUGACUUUUCUGCUACCAUUGGCAAUGGAGUUUGUGGACUCCCUUUGGAUUGGAGUGACAUGCUGGCAGAUUACGAUGCUCGGGAGCUGUGGCGUCAGAACACCUCAUGGGGGGACAUGGUGGAAGAGGAACCUGCUCGUCCCCCUGGACAUGGGAUCCACAUGCAUGAGAAAUUGUCCUCACCCUCUCGUAAAAGAACGAUUGCAGAGUCGAAGAAGAUACAUGAGGAGAAACAGCUGAAGGCGCAGCUGCUUAGGGACAAACUACGGGAAGAAAAGACCCUCAAAAUGCAGAAGCUCCUGGAGAGGGAGAAGGAGGUGAGGAAAUGGAAGGAGGAGCUGUUGGAGCAGCGUCGGAGGAUGAUGGAGGAAAAGCUGUUACAUGCCGAGUUUAAGCGAGAACUGCAGCUCCAGGCAAUUGUGAAGAAGGCUCAAGAGGAAGAGGCCAAGGUGAAUGAAAUUGCAUUCAUUAACACCCUUGAAGCCCAAAACAAGAGACACGACGCCCUGGCCAAGUUAAAUGAGUACGAGCAACGUCUCAAUGAGCUGCAGGAGGAGAGACAGAGGAGACAGGAGGAGAAGCAGGCCAGAGAUGAAGCUGUGCAGGAGCGCAAACGGGUCUUAGAAGCAGAACGGCAGGCGAGAGUGGAAGAGCUGCUGAUGCGGAGGAAGGAGCAGGACGCUCGCAUCGAACAGCAGAGGCAAGAAAAAGAGAAGGCUAGAGAAGAUGCAGCACGGGAAAGGGCCAGGGACCGAGAGGAGCGUCUGGCUGCUCUGAGCGCUGCUCAACAAGAGGCCAUGGAGGAGCUGCAGAAGAAAAUUCAGAUGAAGCAUGAUGAGAGCAGCCGUCGGCAUAUGGAGCAGAUUGAGCAGAGGAAGGAGAAAGCUGCUGAGCUCAGCAGUGGUCGACAUGCAAACACGGACUACGCCCCCAAACUGACACCAUAUGAGCGCAAGAAACAUUGCUCCCUAUGUGCCGUUGUGAUCACCUCAGAGGUGCACCUGUUCAGCCACAUCAAGGGCAAAAGGCACCAACAGGCUGUGCGAGACAGUAGCAGCAUCCAGGGACGGGAGCUCUCUGAUGAGGAAGUGGAGCAUCUGUCUUUGAAAAAAUACAUAGUGGAUAUCAUGACGGACAACUCGGUUACUUCAGAGCCGAUGAACCACGCAGAUGAAAGGCAGAAGGCAAGGAAGAAGGUGAAGAAGCUCCGCGCCAGGAUGAAUUCAAGGGGAAAGGAAUAUGAGACGUCAGUGGAGGCAAAGACACUGUUUCCCGACUCCCCAUAUAAGGCCAAGUUGCAGCGUCUACUGAAGCAGCUGCAGAGCCAAGACAGCGGCCAGUGGGUCACCAACAAAGUCUCAAGUCUGGAAAGAACUCUGGGAGAGAUCGCUCGCAUCUUGGAGAAACAGAACAAUGCGGACCAAGUUGCCUUCAGAGUGGGCGGCGGCCUGUUGGCGCUGGAACAAAUUCUGCAUGUCAUCACCACCGCUUCCACACCCACUGCUGUUCCUCGUAUUCCUCUCAAAUCUCUCUGUGCUGCUGUAAACACCUACUACCUGGCAUGUUCCUGUUGCCCACUCAACUGUGCCUAUGUGCUGCUUAGCAACAAGAUAGCGCUUUUCAUUGACCUGCUGAUGCAUCAGCUAACACUCUAUGUCCCAGAUGAGGACAAGCCCAUUUUUGGGCGCACUGUGAACAAACAAGUAUUUGAGGGUUUGACAACAUGCCUGCUACAGACCACGGCUACUAUCUUUGGGUCCCUGUGGCUACAUCUCAUUGAGUUUGGACAAGGCGAAAACACACAGAUUCCCUCCCCAGAUGACAAGGUUAAGCCUUCCACCGAGUCCUUCAACAAUCGCACACAAGACCUCAUCAGCUAUGUCGUAAACAUUGGUCUGAUUGACAAGCUGUACGGAUGCUUCCUGUCCGUCCAAAGUCCUGUUGACGAGCACCCCAAGAUGUCGGCUUUUCUCCAGCAAGCCUCCGCUCUGCUGCACAACAUGUGCAAGAUUUGUUUUGUCGCAACUGGACGAGCUCCCUACGUAUUUGACAAUAAACAUCAGGACCCGACUGGACUGACGCCCUUGUUGCAGUCCACAGACUUGGUGGGAGUGGUGCACACUCUGUAUUGUAUCCUGCUACACAGCUUCUUGCCAGAGUCUGCUUCCCAGAGUCAGGAACCCUACGGCCCCGGGGUCAUCCAGGUGGCUUUGCAAGGCAUCCGCUUCCUCAACAGUUUUGCCCUGCUUGACAUAUCUGCAUUCCAGUCCAUUCUAGGAGCUGAGGGCCUUUCUUUAGCUUUCCGCCACAUUGUCAGCUCCCUGCUCUGGUACUGCUCUCAGCAUUCCUCUGAAGAGCUGCUACAUGCAGUCAUCACCUGCGUGGGAUUCUUCACCGUCAACCACCCUGGCAACCAGGUGAUAGUGCAGUCUGGCCGCCAGCCCAGCGUGCUGCAGAAACUGUGUCAGCUGCCCUUCCCGUACUUCAGCCAGCGGCACCUUGUCAAAGUGCUCUUCCCCUCCCUCAUCUCUGCGUGCUACAACAACCCUCAGAACAAGGUCAUCCUGCAGCAGGAGAUGAGCUGCGUGCUGCUGGCUACAUUCAUUCAGGACUGUGCUACAGAUGAGAAAAUAUCCGACAACAAAACAAAGCAAACAGUUUCCCAGCUGCACGAUUACAACGAGAUGUCCUACCGCUUUCCACGUGACCAGUGGGACUCGGCGCUGCAGUUUUUCCUGAAGGAACAGGAGUGAUGGAGUGAUUCGCUCACUGUCCUCAGAUCAUCCAAGAACAGUUUAAAAACAAAAAAAGAAAAAAAAAAAACACCACUACAAACAAGGUGGAUGGACGUGUUAUUUUUCUGAAAUUAACUCGUCAUGUGGGUUAUUUAUUCUGAAGACUGUGAAGCGUUGUUUUUUUUUGUGUUUGUUUUUAAUGUCCGUUCAACAGUUUUGAUUUCUUGGAAACCGGUUCAUUAGGGACUUAAUGGAAUUUGCACAAAAUGUCUUAUUUGUUCAGUGCAGUCAAAGCACACGCACAAAUGUUCCAUUUCAUGUUUAAAAACAAGCCAAGUGUUUUCUUUUAUAGGUACAAAGUGAUGCGUUUUAAAGCGGCGACAACUUAACUCUGAAGCAUUUUUUUUUUUUGUUGCCGAACGUUUUCAUCAUUAAUGUUUGGGUUAAUUUAUUGCAUGUGUUUUCCAUUUGGAAUGUUAACCAGAAUGUUUUCUCCACUUCACACUAUGCCAGGUGUAAGUUAUAUGACCUGCCUUGAUCUCCAAACGUGUUCAAUUAUAUUUGGCCUUUUUUUUCUUUUUUCAUUCUCUGUUGAGACGCACUUAAAGCUGUCAUAAUUUAUUGAGUUAUUUACUAUGUAAAAUGGUUAUGUAUUGUUCUUCCUCAGUUUGUUUGUUUUACUUAAGUAAAAUCAAACAUUAACUCUU